AACCUACAGGGGGCGAUAAACAACUCAAUUUGCCAGUUCUAAAACAUUGUAAAACUCCCAUGUCUUUUUUUUUUUUGUAUGGAGCAUGGAAUCACUUUGGGAACGUCGGGACAAGCUGUCCGAGUUAUAAGUUUGCAGGAGAUACCACCGGGAAACUGUGAGGUCAUUUUAUCUCCCGGGUCUGGAACGAACCUGAAACGGUGAGGGGGGGAGCGGAGGGGCAACGGGUCAAAUGUGAGCAGUGCGUUGAGGUUGGGACCACAGAAACAUCUCCAUGCCAAAGGGAACCACUUUAGCGAGUGACCUUCGAUUCGAUUCAUAGUAACAGAGACGUGACGUUUACCGGAGCUAAAUGUAAACACAAGCCCUUCUGUUUUUUGUUUCCGCUGCUGGAGAGCGACGUCUAGGCUGUAGUCUGCGCUGUUGUUCUCAGCCUGCUCUCCGUAUCGUCACUUCUUUCUAUAUUUUUAUUUUCAUGCUGAGAAAUACUGAAAGUUCCCGUUUUUUCUGCCGUUCAGUUGUGACGAAACGUAAGAUGCAAAUGCGGUAAGUGACUCCGGGCUUUCUUCAGCAUUAAACGCGACUUCUCCACACUGCACAGAUUCUCUGCUGUUUGCUUCGCUGGAUUAUCAAACCGCUGCAUCCAGCUUUUUGUUUUGGGAACUGGAUUUGCUCAAAGAAACUUUUUUUUUUUUUUUUUUUUUUUUGGUUGUUUGUUUUGAGAAUGAAGAGAAGAAAAUUCUCCUGAAUUUUGUCUCUUUAGCCUUCAUGUUGGAAACACGGGAGAGCUGACAUGCAGUGAUACAGCCCAGUGUCUUAACUGCUGUUUAACCUAAAGUUGUGACAUCACAUCAUUACAGAAGUAACAGUGAAUGAUCAAGACACCCAGAGCCCAAAGGAAACCGACCACAGUGCCUGCUCUUGCGCCGAGAAACGCAGCUCUCCGCCGGCUGUAAAGCAGUUCCAGUACUCGGUCAGUUUGCCAGGGGAGUCUCCGGAGCAGAGAUGGAGGAGUGGAGACAAUGCGGGCGGUGGUUGAUAGACUGCAAGGUCCUGCCCCCGAACCACCGGGUCGUGUGGCCCUCAGCGGUCGUGUUCGACUUGGCACAGGCGCUGCGGGACGGGGUGCUUCUGUGCCAGAUGUUGCACAACCUCUCCCCCGGAUCCGUGGAUCUGAAGGAGAUCAAUUUCAGACCCCAGAUGUCACAGUUCCUGUGUCUGAAGAACAUCCGGACAUUUCUUAAAGUGUGCCAUGACAAAUUCGGCUUGAGGAACAGUGAACUUUUCGACCCGUUUGACCUUUUUGACGUCAGAGACUUUGGCAAGGUAAUCUCUGCCUUGUCGAGGAUCUCCCACCACAGCAUUGCACAAAUUAAAGGCAUCAGGCCCUUCCCGUCCGAGGACACAGCUCUGAAUGAGGAUGAUGUUUACCGGAGCCUGGAGGAGUUGGCAGACGAACAUGACCUGGGUGAGGAUGACAUCUAUGACUGCGUGCCAUGUGAGGACGAUGGGGACGACAUCUAUGAGGACAUCAUUAAGGUGGAAGUACGACAACCCAUGAUCAGAUACAUGCAGAAAAUGGGCAUGACUGAAGAUGACAAGAGGAACUGCUGCUUAGUUGAGAUUCAGGAGACUGAAGCCAAGUACUACAAGACUUUAGAGGACAUUGAGAAGAAUUACAUGAUCCCGCUGAAGCAAGUCUUGAGUUCACAAGAAAUGGAGGCUAUUUUUGUCAACCUGGAGGAUAUAAUCCGAGUCCACUUUGCCCUUCUGCGAGCCAUCGACCUGAACAUGGUCAGUGGAGGAAGCGGCCUUGGAAAGAUCUUCCUCGACUUCAAAGAAGGGUUGCUGAUCUACGGUCAGUACUGCAGCCACAUGGAGAACGCCCAGAAGACACUGGAUGACCUAAUAGCAACGCGAGAGGAUGUUAAAAUUAAAGUGGAGGAAUGCACCAUGAAGGUGCAGGAGGGGAAGUUCAAGCUGCAGGAUCUCUUAGUGGUUCCCAUGCAGAGGGUGCUCAAGUAUCACCUACUACUGAAGGAACUUUUGAGUCACUCGACUGACCUAUCUGAGAGGCAACAACUCAAAGAGGCUCUGGAGGCUAUGCAGGACCUGGCCAUGUACAUCAACGAAGUAAAGAGGGACAACGAGACGCUGAAAAAAAUCGGUGAAUUCCAAAGUUCAAUAGAAAAUCUUCAGCAGGUGAAACUGGAGGAGUACGGUAGGCCAAAGAUAGACGGAGAGCUGAAGGUGAGCUCCAUCGUCAACAGAACAAAACAAGAUCGGUAUAUUUUCCUUUUUGACAAGGUGGUCAUCGUUUGCAAGAGGAAAGGCUACAGCUACGAGCUGAAAGAGAUUAUUGAACUCCAGUCGUACAAAAUGUCAGAUGACCCUAUGAAUAACAGAGACAUGAAAAAGUCAAGUGGAAAAAUGUGGUCUUAUGGUUUCUACCUGAUCCACCUGCAAGGAAAGCAGGGCUUCCAGUUCUUUUGUAAAACUGAAGAAACAAAGAGGAAAUGGAUGGAGCAGUUUGAGAUGGCCAUGUCCAACAUCAAGCCAGAGAGAGCUACUGCCAACCAGCACAACUUCCAAAUGCACACGUUCGAUAAGAACACCAACUGCCGAGUCUGCAAGAUGCUCCUGAGGGGCAUUUUCUAUCAGGGCUACUACUGCUCUCGCUGUGGAACGGGAGCUCACAAAGAGUGCCUGGAAGUGAUCACCAUCUGUAAAAUCAAUCCACACGACAUGGAGCCUGGAAUGUCGCCUGGUCCGAAGAUGGUGGCUGUGAGGAACUACCACGGCACACCAACAGCCCCAGGGAAGACCCCUCUCUGCUUCCAAACAGGAGACUUCAUUGAGUUGUUAAAGGGCGAUCCAGACACCCCAUGGUGGGAGGGGAAACUGAUACAAACGCAAAAGAGUGGCUUCUUUCCCAGUUCUUGUGUAAAACCUUACUUAGACCCAAAGCCUUUCCAGUCAUUAUCCAGCCGGCAGUCAUCAAGAGAUGCAGACUACUAUGGAUAUCCUUGGUUUGCGGGAAACAUGGAGCGCCAGCAGGCGGACAACCUUUUGAAAUCCCACUGCAGCGGGACGUACCUGAUCAGGGAGAGGACGGCAGAGGCAGAGCGGUUCGCCAUCAGCAUCAAAUUCAACGAUGAAGUAAAACACAUCAAAGUUAUUGAAAAAGACAACUGGAUCCACAUCACUGAAGCAAAGAAGUUUGAGAGUCUUCUGGAGCUGGUGGAGUACUAUCAGUUGCAUUCACUGAAGGAAAGCUUCAAGCUGCUAGACACCACGCUGAGGUAUCCCUACAAGUCGAGAGAGCGCUCGCUAACACGGGCUAGCACGCGCUCACCAGCAACCUGUGCCUCCUACAAUUUCUCCUUCCUCAGUCCACAAGGCCUGAACUUCUCCUCUCAGACCUCUGCUCCCUUCUGGUCAGUAUUUACUCCUCGGGUGGUGAGCACAGCAGUGGCCAGGUAUAACUUUGCAGCACGAGACAUGAGAGAGCUGUCCUUGCGGGAAGGAGACAUUGUCAAAAUAUACAGCAAGAUUGGCGGAGACCAGGGUUGGUGGAAAGGAGAGGCUAACGGACGAAUCGGAUGGUUUCCUUCGACCUACGUGGAUGAAGAAGGAGUGCAGUAAGGCUCCACAUGCCAGCGGACCCAUUUCCUUUUGAACCGGGAACCAAAUUGUGUCUGCUGUCCUCAGAGGAAAUCACUCACUUUCUCCAGGAAAAAGAAAACUAUUUUGUCUGCAAGGAUUUUUACUCUGUUUUUUGAUUUUUUUUCCUAAUUAUGCAUAAGCUUUUGUUUUUGCAAGGUGUCAUGUUUAAUUUUUGUACAGAGGAAGAAAAACUGUCUUGCUGUGUUUCCGCCUCUGUAUGCUCAGCAGAGACAUUACUAUAAUGUCACAGCAGGAACUUAUUGUCCAUAGCUUUAUUUUGCAAAAAGAAAAUGCUCCCCUUUGUUGCAGGUCUGUGCCAGGUGAAUUAAUUGUACAGUAUAGAUAAUUUAUUAAAUAGAGAUUAUUAUCAGUACUAAUGGUUAUUGUCGGGAAGGUUGGUUGAGCGGAGAAUUGGAUCAGACAAACUAAAAUAAGGAGUACAAAAUUAUGCCUUGUUUUUAUGUCGAGAGAUUUUUGCCUUAGUUGUCAUGGUGAUGCCUUGUGGGCUGACACCAGUGGAUGGAAUCGGCUUUGCGGACUGGUUUUUACUUCUCCAUGUAUGCAUGUGCCCACAUACACACAAGUAUACAGUACGGUGCCUUCAGAAAACGGUCGUGCAUCAGUCAGAGAAGUGAAGAGCCUCCCCAGUUCGUCCACAAGCACAGGACUUUACUGAAGGAGCUGCGGGGCACAGAUACAACUUUACACAUUAACUCAAGACUGGAUGCACUCACAGAACCAGUUUGUGGUUCUGUGAGCGAGGGGGUUAGCCAAUCACAUACACAAUUCACAUCUGUGGAGGUGUCACAUCCUGUGGGAUUCUAAAGGGAAAGAAGUUCAAACUCGAUGUCACGCUUUUCAAAUCUGAACUCAUUGUUCCUUCAUCAUGUCCUGCACAGAAUCACAAGUUUCUGAAUUUAAGAGUCAAAGGAGCAGCCAAAUCCAGCCAUGUUUCAGUGUCUGCAUGAAGUUUCAGUCAUUACUUUGAGUUUUCUACCUUGCCUUAAUUAUGUUUUUUUUUUCACAGUUCAUAAUGGAACAAUAUUUUCCUCCAUCAACCUCCCUCCAAUCAAUAUGUUUAUGUGAAGAAAUUCAUUUCGGUGCUUUUUUUUAUUAAUCUGAAAGAACACUGUGUGUAAAAUGGGAAAGGGGAAGUUGAUGUGCUUCGUGUUUUAUUUUAGUCCCAGUCGAUUCCUGGUGCUAACAUCACUCCAAACUAUUUAUGUCACAUUUCUCCAUUUUUCUCUGUAAACCAUACAUACAUCGGUUGGAUUUUAAUGUUUAGGUUUGCAGCUCUAUUUGAAUCAAGCAUUUGUGGACAUUUGUGGACAUAAGGAGUGUCAACCUCUACA